AUGAGCUCCAAGACUGGUAUCAAAGCAACCCCAUUGCUUUCAGAGAAGCAUAAUGGAAUUCCAGCCAGACUCUUCGAAAAGGCCCAGCAGACGAGAGAAGGAAUCUUCAAUCUCGCCACGAAAACCCAGAGCAAUCGGACACAGAUUUCCAUCCCCCAAGGUGUCAGUGAGAGAAUAUUCCACCAAGCCAUUGAGGAACUCCAGAGUCAGCUGAUGCGACGAAUUCAUCUUCAGCUGCAAUGUGCAUACCAUCCUCCACAUGCUGACGGCCCAGCUAUUGUCUACCCUGGCUCCACAGAGGAUGUGCAGACAAUUGUCUUGUGGGCCAACAAGCAUAGGAUUCCCAUUUCUCUGAUUUCAAUUGGCAGAAACUAUGGAUAUGGAGGUGCUGCCCCUCGAGUCCGGGGCACCGUUGUGAUCGACCUCGGAAGAUGA